AUGUUGUCGACGCCCAAUUCUCUGGUCGCCACCCUCUCGAUCGCCUUAGGGCUGAUCACCACCCCAGUUAUCGCAGCUGGAGGCUUCCCUCCCAUCAACUCUUCCCCAGGCGCGUGUGGGAUCCUCCCCGCCGACGCAAGCUGUGAAGCCCUAUUCACGGCUUGUGUAGAGUCCCGCGACCGUCUUCCAACAAUCCUCGAUCUGCUACUUCUCCCCGUCUCAGCGAUGCGAAUCGCUGGUACUAAUGGCCAAGUCACCCUGCCUUCGUAUCGUGCUUGGUAUACUGCCCAAGUUCAUGCCGCCAAUCCCAACACAGACAAACUCGUUGAUCUUGCUUUGAUCCGCGAGGCCUUUGACAUCAUGGCAGCCUGGACUGAUACCUGCGACAACGCAAGCAUCCCCAAAGGCAACUUCCUUGAUUGGUUCCAGUGGUCAAGCACUGUUCGCGGGCCCCAGACAACCUGCGGCCUGAUGGUCAACUGCCCCUCGACAUUUGUCUCGUACUGCAUUGAUCUCGCCGUCAGCUGUGCCCACAACGAUAAUGCCGUAUCGAAUCCGUUCUCCAUUCCUGAAUGCGUUGCAGGCGCCUUGUGCUGGGAAGACGGUGUCAACUCUUUCCUCCAGGCUGUGACAUGCCGCAACAACUUCGAGUUCAACAGAGGCGUCCAGGCUCCUGUCUCGACAGCCGUCCCUGCCUUGACCUCCUCCAUUCUCCCCAGCUCGAUCUCGUUUUCCGCCUUUUCCGAUUUCAUCGUCGAGCAAAUGAGCAGGUUCGGCACCCGAGCUCCUGGCUCCGCGACGCCUUUGUCUGGUCGUUGGUCUCUCAUCGUCGCGUGGACCAACUUCUGCACCACAAACAUCGUGCCUAGAGCCAAUCUUUCCGACCUUCUGCGCUACUCCUUCACCAAGCUUACUUCCACCACCUGUACUGGCGGUUCUCAAUGCACCCCUGAUCCCAAUGCAAGCUGCGAGCAACUCUUCCAAGCUUGUGUUGCCUCCCCUAACGUCCUCACGAACCCGUACACGAACAUCAACUGUGUAUUGGCUGCAACCUGCAAGGAGGGCGGUAUCAAUGCCUUCGGUGAGGCUGUUGGAUGUGCCAAGAAUACACAAAGCAAUCCCCGUGCUUACCCUCGGUUGAGCUCGUCUGUAUUUAACGCACUCGCGUUCGGAGACGGCUUCGUCAAUCAGCAGAAUUAUAUCGAUUCGUACUAUGGCGCUUUGUCGACUCUUCCCAACCCCUCAUGGCCUGAUGUCGCAUAUGUCAUUGGCAAGUGGACCACUAUCCAGACAUGGACAGCGUUCCCAAGUGGAGAAGUGCCCUACGGCAACUUCGCUGAUUUCCUCCAAUACGCGUAA